UCGGGGCGCGGCGCUGCGGGGCGCGCGGGGGCUGCAGCGAUACCAUGUCGUGGCUGUUCGGCAUCAAGGGCUCCAAGGGCGAGAGCGCGGGGCCUCCACUGCCCCUGCCGGCCGCGCCACCCGGGGCCGAGGGCGGCGGGGACCGGUCGGCGCCCAAGGACAAAUGGAGCAACUUCGACCCGACGGGCCUGGAGCGCGCGGCCAAGGCGGCGCGCGAGCUGGAGCACUCGCGACAUGCCAAGGAGGCGCUGAGCCUGGCGCAGAUGCAGGAGCAGACUCUGCAGCUGGAGCAACAGUCCAAGCUCAAGGAGUAUGAGGCUGCUGUGGAGCAGCUAAAGAACGAGCAGCUCCGCGUGCAGGCGGAGGAACGGAGGAAGACCCUGAGCGAGGAGACGCGCCAGCACCAGGCGAGGGCCCAGUACCAGGACAAGCUGGCGCGGCAGCGCUAUGACGACCAGCUGAGGCAGCAGCAACUCACCAAUGAGGAGAACUUGCGGAAGCAGGAGGAGUCGGUGCAGAAGCAAGAGGCCAUUCGGAGAGCUACCGUGGAGCGGGAAAUGGAGCUCCGGCACAAGAACGAGAUGCUGCGGGUGGAGGCAGAGGCACGUGCCCGGGCCAAGGCCGACCGGGAGAAUGCGGACAUCAUCCGUGAGCAGAUCCGUCUUCGGGCCGCCGAGCACCGCCAGACCAUCCUGGAGUCCAUCCGGACGGCUGGCACCCUGUUUGGUGAGGGAUUCCGGGCCUUUGUGACGGACUGGGACAAGGUGACAGCCACGGUGGCUGGGCUGAGCCUGCUGGCCGUUGGGGUCUACUCGGCUAAGAAUGCCACGGCCGUUGCUGGACGGUACAUUGAGGCCCGGCUAGGGAAGCCGUCACUGGUGAGGGAGACAUCGAGGGUCACCGUGCUGGAGGCUCUGCGGCACCCAGUGCAGGUCACCAGGCGGCUCUUCAAUAAGCCUCAGGACGCGUUGGAGGGCGUUGUCCUCAGUCCCAGCUUGGAGGCACGUGUGCGGGACAUCGCCAUUGCCACGAGGAACACGAAGAAGAAUCGUAGUCUCUACAGGAACAUCCUGAUGUACGGGCCCCCCGGGACUGGCAAGACGCUGUUCGCCAAGAAACUGGCGCUGCACUCCGGCAUGGACUACGCCAUCAUGACAGGCGGGGAUGUGGCACCUAUGGGCCGUGAUGGUGUGACUGCCAUGCACAAGGUCUUCGACUGGGCCAACACCAGCCGGCGAGGCCUCCUGCUCUUCGUGGAUGAAGCAGAUGCCUUCCUCCGGAAACGAGCCACGGAGAAGAUCAGCGAGGAUCUCAGGGCCACUCUGAACGCCUUCCUGCACCGGACAGGCCAGCAGAGCAGCAAGUUUAUGCUGGUCCUGGCCAGCAAUCAGCCAGAGCAGUUUGACUGGGCUAUCAAUGACCGCAUCGAUGAAAUGGUCAGCUUCGACCUGCCAGGGCUGGAGGAGCGCGAGCGCCUGGUGCGGAUGUAUUUCGACAAGUACGUGUUGAGGCCGGCCACCGAGGGCACACAGCGCCUGAAGCUAGCCCAGUUCGACUUCGGAAAGAAGUGCUCAGAGGUGGCGCGGCUGACGGAGGGCAUGUCGGGCCGCGAGAUCUCCCAGCUGGCUGUGGCGUGGCAGGCCAUGGCGUAUGCGUCUGAGGAUGGGGUGCUGACCGAGGCCAUGGUGGAUGCCCGUGUGCAGGAUGCCAUCCGGCAGCACCAGCAGAAGAUGGAGUGGCUGAAGGCGGAUGGAGUGCGGCCUGUGGGGGCACCAUCCCCCUCCUGAGCACUGAGCUGCCCGGUGCUCUGGGGGUCAGUGAAGCACAAUGCAUGUGGGCAGGAGUGACCCAGUUCAGCGACCCAGCAUUGGGCUCCUGCCCCGCCAACCCCACCAGGCGGUUCUGGCUGGGGGAUCUGGCCUGGACGCUCCUGAGGAGUCCACAAGCCCAGAGGGCAGCAGGCACCGAACCCAGGCCAUGUGAGAAGGCCAUGGGGGAUGGGGGUCUGCCCAGCCCCCCAGGAGAACAUGAACCAAAGAGGGAGAGUGGGGCAGGCCCUGGAACUGGCACCACUGGAUCAAGGGUCAGGCCCCCCAAGUCCAAGGGGGUCUCCUGUUCCCAGCAUGGGUGGAUACCCUGGCUGGCAGUCCAGCCCCCCCCACCCCCACUCCAGUGGAUUUGGGCGUUGACUGGAACCAAAUAAAAGGCAGAGCUCUGCGUGCGGGUCCUGGCUGGCGCGAUAGACAAGCGAGGCGGCGGGG